AGCAGGGUUUUCAUGUUAGUUACACACACUUAAAGGGAUAAUAAGCCUGAUGUCUUGGAGUAUGCACAGAUAUGCAUAGACUCUAUAACAUGAAACCUGUAAGGUGUAUUGCAUUGUUUUACAUUUAUAACUCAAGUGAAAACUAUUGUCCUCUGUUAUCAGCCAUUGUAGAUGAGGCUCAAAGUGGAAGUUUCCCCCCACCCCUCACUUGCAGUCUUUGCACUUUGAAGAUUUAACUCCCUUCCCAAUAAUAACACCUUAGGAAACCCUCCCUUGUGAGUUGUGACUGCUGGUUUAUUAGUCAGUGUGGAGCUGCAGAGGUCCCUUCUAUAGGACUAGACCCGUUCUAACCAUGAGAGCCACUGGGCCUUCAGUUGUCGUAAUCCAGCAUUUAAAGUCCCUGGGAAUUAAACUGCGAAUGCCGAAGAAGACUGUCAGUCCUGAUGUUCAGAGGAAGACAUCUAAUGGGGGAAUAUUUGGGGUCCCACUACAGUCACUUCCACUCAGCACGGAGGGGGACGUCCCACAGUUUGUAGUGGACGUCUGCCAGUAUCUCAGCUGCCACCUGUCCACUGAAGGACUCUUCCGAAAGUCUGGCUCUGUAAAUCGAAUUAAAACCCUAAAGGUGCAGUUGGAGUCCGGGGAAAGCUGCUUCGCUUCUGCCCAGCCCAGUGAUGCUGCAGCUCUGCUAAAACAGUUUUUCCGGGAGCUCCCGCAGCCCCUCUUGACUCCAGAGCUACAGGACCCCCUCUGCCAGAUCCAGCAGUCUCUCUGUGAGGAGGAGAAAAUGACGGCCACAGUUCUGGUGACCUGCCUGCUCCCCGCUGUUCAUGGGGAGACCCUGCGUUAUUUCUGCACCUUUCUCCAAAGUGUGGCCUCCAGGUCUGAUGAGAACAAAAUGGAUUCUGGGAAUCUGGCUGUAGUUUUAACCCCAAGUCUGUUCUCCAGCAAUAACUUGUGCGAGAAGCUGACGCUUGCCACCGAGAAACAGCUGCAGCUUCAAACUUCUGCUGUCCAAAGUCUAAUUGAAAAUGCACAAGAGAUAGCAGGACAGCUCCCCUCAUUUAUUUUGGAAAAGAUAUCUCUUCCCGACGAUGCUACUUAUGAGGAUCCAGUGAUCCUGGAGGGCCUUCGAAGGAGACGAAGGCGCAGUAUGAGCGGACUCGUCAAUGAUGCUUUUAAUAAGCUGAGGUCUGGACUUGGUCCUUCAAAUGCUACCCCAGACCGUGUAUCAGAUGAGAUGUUGCUGCCUCAACGAAGCAAAACUAAGCGCAAGGCCUCGGAGGAUUCGGCGUGUGGAGAACAAUGCACAGCCAAGAAACGAAAAUCUCUGAGGGAGGCUGUAGAUGAGCAUUUAUCCAGCGAGGAAUCACACGAACCAAGUGGAACCCACUCGCCAUUGCAAGAUGACUCGGCAGGCGGGGAGGUGUUUUCCAACUUCUCACAGAUCCCUGGCAACUUCUUAGAACUCGAAUCAGGAUCCAUUCCAGCAACGCCUGAAUCUUCCUCUCGAAAAAAAGCCAGGAGCAAACGACGGAACAGCAAGCGAGUUAAGAGGAUGCCAUCAGGUCAGGUCCCUGUGACGCCUCUUCUGCUGGACAGAAAGGAGAAGGUCCGGAAUUCUCUUAGGAUCUUCCAGAGAGCCAGAGCUGCCAAACAACCGACACCUGAGGGCAAAGGUCUGGAGGAGAGCAGUUGGGACAUGAUGAAGAGAAUGGUUACAGAAGCUCUGGAGGGGCCCAUUUUCAAUGGUAAAGACUUCCGAAUGGCUGCUCUUACUCUAAGAGCGUCAAGCAGUGUUAAUGCCCCAGAGGCAAACUCUUCUCCAGUCCAGCAUCCAUCAUCUCCCCAACUGAGAUCCUCUCCUUCUUGGCAUGCACUGGCUACGGACUUUGAGGGUGCGGAAGUCGCGUGUUCCGGAAAGCAACGCAGGGUAUUACGUCGCUCUCUCAGCAUGCCAGAAACCAUUGUUGAUUGUACCAAGCCUGAAGGGGGACAAGAGAUGGUGCAUGGGAAAGGUUUAACCACCAGCAUGGAAGAUGGAAUACAACGAGAUGGACUUAAUUUCUCAGAAGACCCAUAUGUGCAGGUAUUGAACAGUGAUACACAACCCUUGAUGGAUUGUCUAAUCACAGAAACAUCCCACUCAAUCCACAGCCAUGUCUCUGUUACAGAGAUGAGCGCUCUUCAGUCUUUUCAGACACUGAGAAGACAGAAUGGUCACACGUCACAAUACCGAAGUGUACGGAAAUUGGUUCUUAGCUUCCCGUGGGCACCUAGUGUUUUGGAUCCGGAUCCCCAUCAGAAAGAUUGGGAAGAGCUGGCCUCUCACCCCAUUAAACGCAAGGGGGCAAGAAGGUUUGGACGUUCACUAAGCCAAGAAAGUGGCCUGAGCACUAACCUAGAGCGGCAUAGAACAAACGAUACAGAUGGCUGUUCUGUGGGCAACAACUGCACUGCAAAAUUUCUUAGUGGCCGGAAUCGGCAGGUAUUCGUCAGUCGUAAAAACAUAACACUUGCCCACUGGGGACACCGAAGUCUGGAUAAUGAACACCAAGCCUCUGUAGAGGAAGAGCCAACAGAUGCUAAAAGUCUAUUACAAGAACCUCUCUUAAAUCUGUACAGAGACUCGUCCAUAUUUAAAGAUGUGGUUGAGGGUCAAACACCUCCGAACCUAGGCUCUCCUAAAUCACCAAUUCCUGAAACGAGUAUGGAACCCAGCUGUGACUCCGUCGAUUUGUAAGGUUUCAGAAAACCAUGGUUAAUAAAGUUUUUGAUUAAAAGGCUAUUGGCAAAUGUCCACCUAAAAACAGUGGAGUAAGGAGUAUCAAAUAAAUUAAGUCGUUGAGGUUGCUUCAUGGCAGUAAACUGUUUAGUAUACUGCAUACAGCCAGGCUUGGCUGGUUAGUGAGGCCAAACUAGUAUCUGAAUUAAAAAAAAAGGUUUGAUGGCCCUACAGCUGGGACUGUAUUUUCUUAACCUUAGAGACUACUAAAAAAACUGUUUUUUAAUACUAUACGUGGGAUCUAAUUUCCCUUUGGAAUACACCUCAUCAACCGUUUAGAUAAUACACUAAUAAUCAUUGCAGUGCUUAUUUACAGUUCUGCUGUGGUGGCUCAUGCAGCAGUGAUUUUUCUUAAGGAUAUUAACGAAGAACCAUGCUUUUACCUCAUGUAACCAGUCCCCUACAGAGUAUGGGUGCAGCCAUCUUGUAAACUGGGUCAAUAUCGAUGUGACUACAGCCUACCAGUUCCCUCAGAACUGCCGACAUCGCUGAAGUACGGAGUACAACGUACUGUAGGUUGAAUAUCUGUGCAGUCCACAAAAUGACUGCCUGCAGUGUAUCUUGGUGGUGGGUACAUCUGAAGGCGAUAGGCGAUUUUGUAAUUAUGGCCAAUGUUACCCAGAGUCCUUUGCAGUCACAGCAGUAGGGAGGCCUGCAAGUCAUCUAAAGAAUUUUGCCCAUUUUGUAUUCAAGUUAUUUCCUUUCAAUGUUUUUUACUUGUUCGUUCUGACAUAUUUGUGUGUGUUUUAAGUCUUAUUCAUUUUUAAAAAUUGUGAUUGGCUAACAAUAAAUAACUUUAUUUUUAA